AUGGCUUCAACCUCAUCUUCUUUCGAUCAAGGAUAUGUUUACCAUGGGAAUCAACACUUCAUAGAUGAUGAAGGGUUAAGGAUUGGAGAAGAGAUUUCACAAUCUCUUCUUAAUGCAAUACAAGAUUCAAGGAUUUCAAUCAUCAUAUUCUCUAACAACUAUGCUAACUCAACUUGGUGUCCUGAUGAACUUGUCAAGAUUCUUGACUGUAAGAAACAGAAAGGACAAGUUGUUUGCUCAGUUUUUUAUAAUAUCAGUCCAUCAGAUGUUAGGCAUCAGAGAGGAAGUUAUGAAGAAGCUUUUGAUAUGCUUGAAGAAAAAUUUCAAGAUAAGAAGGAAAAGGCGGUUGGACUCCAAUCUCGCGUAUCAGAUGUUAACUCACUCUUAGAACUUGAAUGCAAUGAUGUUAAAAUGAUAGGAAUUCAUGGUAUUGGUAAAACAACCAUUGCUAAAGCUGUGUACAACAAAAUAUAUGACCAAUUUCAACAUGCGAGUUUUCUAGCAAAUGUAAGAGAAAAUGCAAGUCAUAAGGUUGGUUUAGUUAAACUCCAAGAGAGACUUCUUUUUGAGAUACUUGGAGAGCAAGGAAUGAAAUUAGGCAGUGUUGAUAAAGGAAUCAAUGUAAUAAAAGAUAAGUUAUGCAGAAUAAAAGUUUUGCUUGUUAUUGAUAAUGUGGAUGAUGUGGAGCAAUUACAAGCAUUAGUCGGUGGAUUUGAUUGGUUUGGUCCAGGAAGUCGGAUUAUCAUAACUACAAGAGAUAAACAUUUGUUAACCGCUCAUGAAAUUGGUUUAACUUAUGAGGAGCUUUACAUGACCAAUUGCAAGAAUCUUCAACAAAUUCUUGGGAUUCCAUCUAAUUUAGAGGAUAUAGAUGCCACUAGUUGCACAAUGCUGAAUUCACAAUCAUUGAAAAUGUUACUAAACCGGAGUCAUGUGGAAGUUUUUUGUGAGAUUUUCGGCGCAAGUAAAGGUGCAGAUGUCACAUUAUACUUUUCUGGAGUUCAUGUGUAUAAGGAAGACGAGGAGGAGAAGAAGCCAAAUAUGAUAUUAAGCACAAGUUCUACUCCUUCUUGCCUGAGAAUUUGGGAUCCAAUGCUAUUAGAAUGUCAGUUAAACUAUAUGAAUGAGAAGAAUAAAGACAACAUAUUGCUGAGUCGUCAAGAAUUGGAGCCAAAGGAUCAUGAAGAUAGUCGCAGUGAUAAAUAA